AUGAGCCCCGGCUUCAGGACCGCGGUGGGGGCCGGCCCGACGAGCUGCAGCCUCCUGCGGGGCGUGGGCCCUCGCCCGAUCCGACAGUUUCUGGGGAAGGAGCUGCCCACGUGCUCGCCUUUCACCAUCUGCCGUUGUCCGAAUUCUAAGUCAGAACUCACAGUAAAAAUAAAACCGAAAAAGAGGCUUACAAGUGUGCACGCAGCCUCCCGAGGAGCUCUUGGCCCCCCGACCUUGGUCGCGGGCCGUGCACCCUGCCCUUCCGCGGGGACAGCGAAGGCGGAGCCGGCCGGGCCGCUCCUCCGCGUCCAGGACGGACUCCACAAUCCUCACUCCAGGAACCCCGAGAGUCGCUUUCCUCUUUCUUUAUACGAGUGCUCACCCUAUGCAGCCCACCUCUACGAUGCUGAGAACCCUCUGACGCCUCUCCGGAAGCUUCCUGGACUUUGCUCUGACUACUGCUCUGCGUUCCACUCUAACUGCCACUCUGCCAUCUCCCUGCUGACCAAAGGUCAUGGCCUCCAGGAGUUCCAUGAAAAGGAUGGUGCCCACUUCUGCCACCUCCUCAAUCUUCCUGACAAAGGCUAUUGCUUCCCCAAUGUCCUGAGGAACGACCAUCUCAACCAUGACCUGGGUGUGGUGGCCAAGGACCAUCAGGGCUGCCUGCAACUCUGCCUGACUGAGGUGGCCAACGGGCUGAGGAACCCCGUUGCCAUGGUCCAUGCUGGGGAUGGCACCCAUUGCUUCUUUGUUGCUGAGCAGGUAGGAGUGGUGUGGGUCUACCUCCCAGAUGGGAGCCAUCUGGAGCAACCGUUCUUGGACCUCAGGAGCAUCGUUCUGACUACUCCAUGGAUUGGGGAUGAGAGAGGCUUCUUGGGGUUGGUUUUUCAUCCCAAAUUCCACCACAACCACAAGUUCUAUAUUUAUUAUUCAUGCCUUGGCAAAAAGAAGGUAGAAAAGAUCCGGAUUAGUGAGACGAAGGUUUCUCGGGCUGAUCCCAUCAAAGCAGACCCCAAAUCAGAGAGGGUCAUCUUGGAAAUAGAAGAACCUGCCUCAAAUCAUAAUGAUGAACAACUUCUUUUUGGCCUGGAUGGCUAUCUGUACAUAUUCACGGAUGGAGGGCAGGCUGGGGACCCCUUCGGCAAGUUAGGAAAUGCUCAGAACAAAAGUUCCCUGCUGGGAAAAGUGUUAAGGAUGGAUGUGAAUGGAGCAGGCUCAGAUGGCAAGCGGUACCGUAUCCCCCUGGACAAUCCCUUUGUUUCUGAGCCAGGGGCCCACCCUGCCAUCUAUGCCUAUGGGAUCAGAAACAUGUGGCGCUGUGCCGUGGACCGAGGGGACCCCAUCACGCACCAGGGCCGAGGCCGGAUAUUCUGUGGGGAUGUGGGUCAGAACAGGUUUGAGGAAGUUGACCUUGUUGUUAAGGGCGGGAACUAUGGCUGGAGAGCAAAGGAAGGGUUUGAAUGUUAUGACAAGAAACUUUGCCUCAAUGCCUCUUUGGGUAAGUAAGAAGCUCUCUGGGUGAUUUCUUGAAUGAGUUGGGUGGAUUGGAGGUGGAGGUGGGGGAAUAAAACCUGGGAGUGUGCUGCCCUGCAGGUCGUUUAAAUAAUGCUUUGUGUCCUGUGGGACAUGCUUCUCCAAGUGGUCCUCCAGCCACCAGCACCAGAGACACCUUGGCAGUCCUUGUUAGAAAGUAGAUUCCUAGGCUGUACCUCAGACCUAAUUAAUUUGAAUCUUGGGUGGAUUGGGGGAAUGGGAUUGAUCUAGGAAUCUAUUUUAUAAAUGUUACCCAUAUGAUUUUUAGGCAUACUAUUUUGACAACCACUGGCAGAGUCAAAUUGGUGGCUGUAUCUUUUUAUUUAUUUC